AUGACACAUUCAACGGCAUUGGCUCGUCUGAGGCUGUCUAGGCAUUCUAUAUUCGCUACGUCGAGGCUGGUAUACCCAUCCCAUAUCGAGCAUGUGACGCCAGUGAUAUUUCAAAGUCCAAGAUAUAUAACCCGCUCACUCUCGUCUCAAUCCAACAACAAUGUCGCAGAUAAUACAUUUCAACAAGGAAACAGAUUGUCUGGUCGAAAGUGUCUAAUCACAGGCGGCACAUCAGGGAUCGGAUAUGCCAUUGCUGAGCGAUUCCUGCAAGAGGGGGCAUCGACAAUAGUCCUAGUGGGCCGAUCCCAGGAGCGCCUGGAACAGGCGGCAUUAAGACUGGCACCGUUCACGAACACAUCACCCAUUGAAGAAGGUGAUAGUACGGUUGCCACUCGCGCUCCAGAAGAGGAUGCCCGGCAAAGCCCAUCGGGGAACAUCCGUCUACUCGUCGGCGAUGUCUCCGAUGCCCGAUCAUGGAUGCGCGAACUCGAAAAGGAAAUGGCAAGCCAACCUGCAAACGUUGAUAUCUUAGUCAAUGCAGCCGGGAUCUCGAUAUCAAACAUCCUGCCGAGGUCCGAGCUAGACGAUAUCUCAACAAUUCUCCGCACCAAUCUUGAAGGCGCAAUGCUGACUUCACGGGCAUUAAUGCGAGCUUCAAUUCGUAGCCGCAUUCGUAAUCGAAACGAUUCAACUGCAGGACAGAAUGUCCGCUCAAAGUGCAUCAUCAAUGUGUCCUCCCUGCUCGCGUUGAAAGGCGGAACCGGGGCAGUCCCCUAUGCCGCUUCCAAAGCUGGGCUUUUGGGUCUGACUCGAUCGGUAGCUGCCGAAGCAUCAGCCUCAAUGAAGGACAUCGUUAUUCGAUCGAACGCUAUUGUGCCGGGAUAUAUUGAAACCCCUAUGGUGGCAGAUUUUACACCUGGUGAAACAAGCAGAUUGAAAGAUCUCAUUCCUCUUCAUCGAUUUGGAGAUGCGCGCGAGAUUGCAGAUGCAGCUGUCUUCUUGGCGCAAAACGAAUACGCCAAUAAUUGUGUAUUGAAUCUCGACGGGGGACUCAGUGCCGUUUAG